AUGUCUCCAAACCUCUUCUUGUGCUUGCGCACUCUCUUUUGCCCAACUUACUGGUUCCAAAAAGGCGAGCGCAUCGACGGCAACGUGAAACGCGAGCAGCACUGGGACAGCCCCGUCCCCGGCACCUACAAGUUCCUCCCCGGCAAGGGCUGGCAUUUGAUCAAACGUGAUGACAGUGAUCACCAGGAAAAAGUGCCUCAGGCCAUCGUCUACUGCCGCAUUCUGCACCGAUACAUGUUCGAGACCGAGCUGAAUGAUCGAUGCCGCUGGUACUCGGCUCCGUUGCAUCGGGGCGCGGCCCCCGAAGAGCUCCGCUUCUUCCUUCUGGAUGACGGCAUCCAUUGGGUCGCUGGCUGGGAUGCCCAAGGCCGAUUCAUUCCUGGCCCGUACCCGAAAUGGUACCUGGAUGAAGACGGAGUGACCAUGCACCGUGGCGCCUCGCCCUGUUCGAGUGCCACUGUGUCACGAUGCAGCAGUGUCAUUGCCGGCAAAUCUGGUUGA